AUGUACCAGGAGGCUGCAGACCCUGUUAUUCAGGGUCUUAACGAGCCAUACCCAUCAGACACUUGCCAAAACCACGUAGCCACCACCAUGCUGACAGCUACAAGACAGAGCCUCUCCGAUCAUUCAAUUGGCAAAGACCCACAGGCCGUGAGGACAGGUCAAAGGCAGAACAGAGGGAUGAGGACUCGCUUGGGCUGCCUAUCUCACAAAUCAGACUCAUGCAAUGAUUUCACAGCUAUUCUUCCUGACAAGCCCAACAGGGCUUUGAAAAGACUAUCAACAGAGGAAGCUACAAGAUGGGCAGAUUCCUUUGAUAUACUUCUGUCGCAUAAAUAUGGGGUGGCUGCAUUCCGCGCGUUCCUAAAGACAGAGUUCAGCGAGGAGAACCUGGAAUUCUGGCUGGCCUGUGAAGAGUUUAAAAAGACCCGAUCAGCAACCAAACUGGCAUCAAAGGCUCACAGGAUCUUUGAAGAAUUCAUUGAUGUGCAAGCCCCUCGAGAGGUGAACAUAGACUUCCAGACACGGGAGGUGACAAGAAGAAAUGUGCAGGAGCCCUCUCCUUCUUGCUUUGAUGAGGCCCAGGGGAAAGUGCACAGCCUCAUGGAGAAAGACUCUUACCCCAGGUUCCUGAGAUCCAAAAUUUACACAGAUCUGCUGACUCAAACCCAGAGGAGGCUCAGUUAGAGCAGAUUGGGGCCAGAAGAAACCAUGAGCUUCCCA